AUGACUGAAUACCAAGCUGAAAUGUUAAAAAAAUUUGGAUAUGAUAAAAUAUGCAUAGAUGGAACACAUGGUUUAAAUAAUUAUAACUUUCAGUUGUAUACUUUACUUGUAGUAGACAAUUAUGGAAAUGGUUUUCCUGUGGCAUUCUGUUUUACAAAUAAAUCAGAUACAUCUACAUAUAAAUUAUUUUUUGAAUAUAUCCAGCGUGCAGUAGGACUUAUCAAAGCUAAUGUAUUUAUGUCUGACGAUGAACCUGGAUUUUAUAACGCAUGGGAAUCUAUUAUGGGUCCGGUUUCUAAACAAUUAUUAUGUACUUGGCACGUAUUAAGAAGUUGGAGUAAAAACCUUUCCAAAAUUCAUUCAAAAGAAAAAAAAUCUAUGGUUUAUAAGACAUUAAAAUCUUUAAUGCAUGAAACUGAUAAAAACAAAUUUUACAUAGAAUUAACAAAGGUCAUUGAAGAUUUAAAAAAUGAUACAGAUACUGCAGAUUUUGGUCAAUAUUUUGUGAGCAAUUAUUCUUCAAGAGUUGAAAAAUGGGCAUUUUUCAAUCGCAGACAUAUUGGUAUCAACACAAAUAUGUAUUUGGAAGCUCUUCAUAAAAAUAUUAAAUAUUGA